UUGAAAUCCAAUGUAAAUCGCUAAAUUUGAUGUAUUUAGCAAUCAUGUAAAAUCUAAUCGAAUGUAAACAAUAAAUGUCAUGUAAAUGGAAAUGAUUUUGUCAACAAAUGAUGAAUCUGAACAUGUAAAAGUUGAAAAAGAUGUAAAAAUCGUCUAAUGUAAUUUCGAAACACUUUUUUUUACGAAUGACAGCAAAUCAAAACAAAACAGAUCGAAUGUGAAGUUGUUAGAGAGCGGUCCAGCCUGAUGGCAAGAUUGUCAAAUUGUAUGUAUGGGCCGCGAUACUCACAUUGGUUGGACCGUGGACCCCGCUAUUUGGUCGCUUUACCCCUCUGACGCUAAAUAUAGGGUAAAAGAGCCAGCAAAUGUGCAAUUGAAAAAAAAGUUUUUUUUGUGAAAAAUUAUUUUAAAUUUUGUUUUUGAUGAAUAGGUUUGAAUAUUUUUUGUCAAAAAAUAAAUAACUAGAAAAAAUAAAAUAUUAUCCAGCCUUUUGAGGACGAAGUCAAUCGUUCACAUUUUUUAAUGUUAGCUUAUACACAUAUUUUAGUGUUAAAUGUAAAUAUUCCAAGAAGAUAAUGUCCAGCUUGUGACGAUAAACUACUUUUCCUUUACUUAGAAAUCGAAUUUAGAAGGGAAACGAUAACCUGCUAUGUUGGUCCGCACCGGGUUCUGAACUCCCAUUUAUGAGGCGGAAGCGUUGCCGCAUGGCUCGAUCUUAACAAAAAAAUUAACUAGACAAUAAAUAACAAUUUCAAAUUACAAAUUUAAAUAUUAAAUAAACUUAUUUUCGAAUUUACUCAUAAAUGGCCUGUAUACCCUAUUUUGUGCAACCAGUUUAUGGAGCGUUCACCCUAUAUGGACUGUCAAAAGCGAGGUUCACUUUUUGACAAGCUUGCCACCAGUCUGGAGCGGUCGUUUUAAAAUGGGGUUUUGUGAAUACUCCUUUGUUUAUGCAACGAUAAACACUCAAAUCUCAACAAAUGAGCAGCAUUGUGCAACCCCUCGUCGACGUCGUCGACGCAUCCAACAUCUGUCAAUACUGGCCCGUCAAAACAAAGCUAGCUUUAACCCGCAGCAGGCUGGACAUUUUUACCGCGAAACUGCUGCGCGCUCCAAGCACACCCUCGGACCAGUUCCAGCUCGAGUCCCAGAACUUUCUGCGCGAUCUGCACCUGCAGCUGCGGUUGUGGCGAAGCACACAGGAGCUGUCAGUGCGACGCAGAACGCAGCGCCUAUCACCGCAGCUGCACUAUGGGGCAUCUCCAUACAAACAGGCGGCCAAAUUAUUUGGGUAAUUGUAUGGUAUUGAAAUGAUAUACGUCGAUUUUUAUGACUUUUCAUGUUUUUCAAUAGUUGAUUGUUUAUAAUAAAUAGUCUUUUCAUACAUUUGCAAGUGCAACAGAAUUGCGUAUAUAUUGUAUUGCAAGUUUAUAUUAUUAAAUUAUGGAUAAGCUAAUACAUCCCCACUUAAAGGACACAACCCCUCCCUC